CGCGCUCUGACCCCAAGCAGCUGUAACGAAGCAGCAAGCAGCAGCGGCAGCCAGGAGACAGUGGCAGUGGAGGUGUUGGCGACAGGAGCCCAGGGCACCUGAACCCACCCCACCCCACCACACCUCAACUCUACCCAGCCCGACCCAGCGGUCCAGUGAGUGAGCCAGCUCUCUCCCCUCCCAUCGAGAGCGCGGGGGCUCGUUGUCCUAGGAAAGAUGCUAGGCCAGGCCCUGAGGCGCUUUGGGCAGAAGCUUGUUCGGAGAAGGACCCUGGAGCCAGGCCUGGGGGAGAGCCGCUUUGCCCGCUGUCUGAGCAGCCUGGAUCUGGUGGCCCUAGGUGUGGGCAGCACUUUGGGCGCAGGAGUCUAUGUGCUGGCUGGUGAAGUGGCCAAGGACAAAGCUGGCCCAGCCAUCGUGAUCUGUUUUCUCGUGGCUGCACUGGCUUCCGUCCUGGCUGGCCUCUGCUAUGCUGAGUUUGGGGCCCGGGUCCCCCGGACUGGCUCAGCUUACCUUUAUAGCUAUGUCACCGUUGGGGAGCUUUGGGCCUUCACCACUGGCUGGAACCUCAUCCUCUCCUAUGUCAUUGGUACUGCCAGCGUGGCUAGGGCCUGGAGCUCUGCCUUUGACAAUCUGAUUGGGAACCAAAUUUCAUUGGCCCUCCGAGGCAGUAUCUCCCUGCAUGUGCCACGGUAUUUGGCCGAGUACCCAGACUUUUUUGCUCUUGGUCUUGUGCUGCUGCUCACUGGGCUGCUGGCUCUAGGGGCCAGUGAGUCAGCACUGGUGACCAAGGUGUUCACAGGUGUGAACCUGCUAGUACUGGGCUUUAUCAUCAUCGCUGGCUGCAUCAAGGGUCACGUCCACAACUGGCAGCUCACCGAGAAAGACUAUCAAGAGACUGCCUCUCGGCUGAAUGGCACUUCCAGCCUGGGAAGUUUGGGCUCUGGGGGUUUUGUGCCAUUUGGUGCAGAUGGUAUCCUUCGUGGGGCAGCCACCUGUUUCUAUGCGUUUGUUGGUUUUGACUGCAUUGCUACGACUGGGGAGGAGGCACGGGAUCCUCAGCGCUCCAUCCCUGUGGGCAUCGUAGUUUCACUGUUGGUCUGCUUCGUGGCCUAUUUUGGUGUCUCUGCUGCACUCACUCUCAUGAUGCCAUACUACCUGUUGCAACCCGACAGCCCCUUGCCAGAGGCCUUUCACUAUGUAGGGUGGGCCCCUGCCCAAUACCUUGUGGCUGUUGGCUCCCUUUGUGCCCUCUCCACCAGCCUCCUGGGCUCCAUGUUCCCUAUGCCUCGAGUGAUCUAUGCCAUGGCAGAGGAUGGCCUUCUGUUCCGUGUUUUCGCCCGAAUCCAUCCCCGUACACACACUCCCCUUGUGGCCACAAUUGUCUCAGGCAUUGUUGCAGCCCUGAUGGCGUUUCUUUUCGAGCUCACUGAUCUGGUAGACCUCAUGUCAAUUGGAACGCUCCUUGCCUACUCCCUGGUGGCUGUUUGUGUUCUCAUCCUCAGGUACCAGCCUGAUGAGAUAAUGCAGCCCAAAGUAAAUCAGACUGUGGAGUUGCAGUGGCCACAGGAAGAUAAGGAGGAGCCAGAGCCUGAGAAGGAGACCCUGACCCUGCAGAACCUGCUCUGCCCAUCCAAUCUGACACCCACCCAGCUCUCUGGCCAUAUUGUCUAUGGAGCUGUUUCCAUUCUUGCUGUGGUGUUGACGGGUCUGUGCCUGGUCCUGGCCCAGUGGUCAAGGGAGCUGAUGGCUGGGAACCCUGCCUGGGUUACUGUGAGUGCCUUGCUCCUGCUUCUAACCAUCAUGACCACCGUCGUCAUUUGGAGGCAGCCCCAGAACCCGACUUAUCUCCAUUUUAAGGUGCCUGCACUCCCUCUCCUCCCACUCCUGAGCAUCUUUAUCAAUGUUUAUCUCAUGAUGCAGAUGAAAGCUGACACCUGGGCCCGAUUUGGGGUCUGGAUGUUGAUUGGGUUUGCCAUUUACUUCAUCUAUGGGAUCCGGAACAGUCAGGAGGGGCAGAAUGAUCCGGUGCUCCCGCCUCCAGUCACUCCCCAAACUCUUGAAGUCAGCAGUCCUGAUGCCCCUUCUGGCUGACUUGGAGCCUGGGGAUACAGUCAGCAUGACACUGGAGAUUGCCUCUGUCUUUGCGUUCUUGCUCAGCUCUUCUUCUUGGGUCACAGGGGACUUGGGCUGCUAUGGCCAGGUGGCUCAUGAGGCCUAGGGAUGCCUCUUGUUGGGUCCCUGGAAGGGUUGGGGGUGUGUGGGGGUGGGGUUCUUAUAAAGAGCUGUAUUUAUUGUGAUCCAAGGACCGGCCUUUUGAUGUUUCUUGUCUGCCCUUUUUAACUGUCUUAUCUACUUUGUGAGCUUUUUGAAUUAAACAGAGGAAAAUAAGAGCAGAAA